AUGUCGAACCAAUUCAUUGGGCUCACCAUGUUGGUGACAUUGAGUUCACCACCUGGUGCGCAACUUCGAGGCGUCGUCACUAGCAUUGAACCUGGCAAAAGCUUGACUCUACGAGAUGGUUGGUGCUCACUUACCUGUCCUUCUAAUGGAAAAUACGUCCCGGAAUUUACGAUCAAUGCGGCGGAGAUUACGGAAUUAAUUGAGGCUCGGAAUGAAAAUGACAAGCUGCCUCCUUCGAUUAUACAGCAGAAGCCAGUGGUUGUACCUGCAUCGGCAACUAAAGCAUUCGAAGAUCCGGCGAUUUUGAGCAUGGGAAGGAGACCAGGAUCGGAAGCUUCUCCUGCAGUAUCGGUUCAAUCGCAAUGGAAGAGUACUUCGAUGGAACGCGAUGAUUCGGCGCAAACUGCUAUUGGCCGUGAGGACAGGCGCAAAGAACAAAAUCUUUCAUCUACGUUACCCGAAAGUAUGGCGAGCAAGGACAUCCACAAUCAGGAGGAGCUUGGAGGAGCAGAGAUACUGGAAGAACUCGGUGCAGAACUAGGCGGAUUGUCAGUGGAGCCCGCUUUGGCCAAAUCAGGACGACGAACUCGCAGGAGAAAGAAUCAAGGAAAGAAAUCUGACGAGCGUGCUUUCCAGGAGCCGGAUAUUGUCCCAUCGAAAGAAACCACCCGAUCGAAAGGUUGGAGACAAACUCCAUUAUUAGAACCUGUCACGUCAUUUCAACCUUUUACAACCUUGAAGAAGUCUCAGAGAAGGGGCAAUAGGGUUAUGGAAGAGAGUGGAUGGGCCACCGAAGAUGCAACCGAUGUGCAAGAGAUGGGAGAUUUUGAUUUUGCUGGUAGCUUGGCAAAGUUUGACAAGAAAACCGUCUUUACCCAAAUCCAGGCAGAAGAUGGUAUCGCAGAAUCAGACCGUCUAGUUGGACACAAUCGCUUACCGAAAGCAAAGCCAGGAACGUACGGGGGAAAGAACCUUCACCCUACUGAGAACGUUUUGGAUUCGCCAAAUGGUGCCACAAAGGCUACAGGAACUUGGAAGAGUGACGCUGAUGAUACCGAUAUCCAAGAAAGAAGUAGCCAAAGAGGUUCGGGAAGUGGUAGAAACUCUCGUACACGAAGACCAGAGAGUAAGCUCAGUAUCCAUCACAGACCGACUUCACGAAAAGGGAGCAAUGCUCCAAGCUCCCAACCAUCACGAAACAUCUCUGUUGCACCCUCAAACCCCAUGUUCUAUCUUGUUCCCUCAGAUCGUCGAUGCGAACCUAUAUCAGCGCUUCAGAUGCUUAAUCUGGAAAAUAUCGCAGAUACUGAAGUUGGUCUUACCGAGGAUAUGAUGACUGAAAAUGCAGGUCGUGGCAUCGCUGAAGUCGGGUUAUCGGCUGUGAGUACUGGAGGUCGUGGUUUAACCCAAGGCAAGAAGUCCACUGUCCCCACCGUUCUUGUCUUUGCCGGCAACAACAAAAGCGGUCUCCGAGCGGUAGCAGCCGGCCGACAUCUCCGAAACCAUGGUCUGAAUGUUGCAGUUUGUGUCUUGGGUCUUGAACGUGAUUCUGAACUCUUGGUUGGACUACGACGUCAAAUCAAAGUUUUCCGCGGUUUUGGCGGCAAAGUCUUUACCAAAGUUGAACUUCUUGACUUCGUCAAAGCUUUAGCUGUACCUAUUGAUCUAAUCAUAGAUGGUCUCCUCGGUCUCACAAUGUCAUUUGAAGAACUUCGAACAGGCGAUCAGGCUACAGCUUUUGAACUUAUCGAAUGGGCCAAUCGAAACAAAGCAGCUGUUCUCGCCAUUGAUGUCCCUACGGGUAUUGAUCCUACGAGCGGCAAAGUCAGUAUCAUUGAUGGACGAAAACUAUAUAUCCACGCGAGGUAUGUAGUUGCAAUGGGAGCGCCUAAGAAAGGUUUACUAGAAGCAAUGAGUAUGGGCGAGGGCGUUGGCGAUGAGGAGAAAUUAGGAUUGGGGAUUUUGAGUGGGAAUGCGAAAGCGAGUGGGGAGUGGCAACUUUUUGUUGCUGAUAUUGGGUUAGGGGUGGCGGUUUGGAAGAAAGCUGGAACGAGGGUUAGAAGGGGGGUAGAGUUUGAGGGGAGUUGGGUGCUAGGGAUGAGAUUUCAAGGUGGGGCGGGACUUGAGUAA